UAAUAGAGAAAGUAUGCAAUGCAUACUGCUCUGCAACAACCCCCCACUAUACUGCAUCUGGGGUAUUCGUGACUGGACGUCUGGGGGGAUCACACACAUUUCCGAUUAGAAGGAAGGAGGGAGAGAGAGAGAGAAAGAGAGCGAGAGAGAGAGAGAGGGAGGGAGCGAGAGAGAGACAGAGAGAGAGAGAGAAGGAAAGAGAGAGAGAGAAAUUACCCUUUCGUUGCAGUCAGUGAGACGGUGGAAAUACUACGAUUUUCAUAGUUGUGCAGGAGCACAAAGUGAGCAGAGUGCGCGUGUACUUCCAGGUAAAACCUGCAAACCGACUUAGCUCCUGAUACUCAGCUGUUCUCCUCUUUAAGCCCUUGAGGCCCGACUCCAGGCUUUGAUGCCCACACUCUUUGAAGCAGGUGGACAGACGCAGGUAUGAGUAACAGUGGGACCAAAGAACCGUCUCCUCAGCCAAGCACUGCCCAGUCACCGGAUGAACCUCAGCGCAGGGGCAGGGGUCGCCCACGGAAACAGCAGCAGGAGCCUGUUGGACCACCGACUCCAAAACGACCCAGAGGACGACCAAAAGGCAGCAAGAACAAAGGCCCCAGAACUGCACUGAAGAAAGCAGAGCCUGUUGUGGAGAGAAGACCACGAGGGCGACCGAGGAAAUGGCCCCAGAGAGUCGCUCCAGAAGUUUCUGUUGAGCACCAGGGGGCUUCAGAGGAGGCUGAGGAGGAUCCCUCGUCAUCUCAGGUGCCUGCAGAGGAGCAAGGGGAGUAGAUAGGAUACCUCUCUACCUACCUCAAGGUUUGGCCUCAAGCAAACAGGUGUACAGUCUGACUCCUGUCUGUGAUGGGGAUUCAGGAACACACAUGCAUACACACACAACACAAGUCAAAAAUCAUAGCAGACCAUAGUCUUCUCUCCUGAUCUAAACAGCACCCUGCAUCUGUUGUUAUCUUUAAGAGUUUGUUUUCAUUUUGGUGAUCAAACUCGCCUUUAUCAUUGGAGUAUUUGAUCUUUUGAUUAGGCCUUUUAUAAAGGUAUAGUUCCACAUUUUGGGAAAGGCCCUCAUAGUCUUGCUGAAUGUUGAGAGGACAAAUUAUAUUUGAUGACAAAGUAAGGAAGAAAAACACAAACACCAAGUGUCUUAAUGCAGCAGUAGAUGAGUGCAUCUCACCAAAUCAGCUUCCAUAUGAGAUAUUCCAUCCUAUGGUGCUUUUAUGAUGAUGGUAUUGAAACCGUCCAUCUUAAAUCUCUCUUAUGUGUUCAGCUCAGUUGAGACCUGGUGACUGUGAAGGCCAUAGUAUACGAAUCUCUUUCAUUCUCUAAUCACACUUUUCUUUGACCCCUCGUGCCUUAUGGAUGGUAUAGAAGAGCCCAA